AGCCCACAAAACAUAUGCUAUUCGAGUGCACGCUGAAGGCGGAGUGACCGUCGGAGAACCACCACACCAUGUCGGCGAUUCACAGGACCAUUAGGACAAUCCAAACAGCCGCCGGUGCCGGCCAAUAUCCUCGUCUCACGAAGUUUCGUCUCAAAGCGCCUAAUAGCGUAAGUAUUUUCUCGUCGCUGCUGCCUUUUCUUUUCGUUUCUAUUUUAUGUUACAAUUUGGCCCGAGUUAACAGCUGAAGGUAGGCGUUUGAGCCGUCAAUUAUUCAUUAGAGUAUACGUUUUAGUAUAUUCAAUAAUUAUGCUACACUUCUAAUCAAAUAUUGACAAAUCACUGGAACAAACUCUCGAUCACAAAGCUGCAUCAAUUUUACUCCGGACCCACUAGCAUUAAGUGUGGAUAUCUCAAUUGAUUUGUGUUAUGUUGGAACUUGGAGAUGCUACAUGAUUAAUAGGUAAUUAGUCCAGCUUGUAAGAGAUGGGAUCGUAAUUGUUGAGUGAAUCUUCGUCAUUUACUUUGUGUGAACUGUGAUUUUAUUUCUGUUCAUAUUAUUGUUCUAGAUUAUGGAUUUGGACCUGAAAAAUGGUCCCCAUAUGAUUUUGUAGCCGAGCUUUCAUUGUGCAAUAAAGCUUUAGUGGUAACACUUGACGUUUUUGUGAUUUGAGUGGUGUUAUUUCAUAUGAUUUUGUCUUGAUUCUUUCUGACGCGUGAAGAUGAAAUCUCACUAUCUUAGGUAGAGGUUGAAUUUGAGAAUGGAAGCCUGUACACAUUGCCUGCUGAGUAUUUGAGGAUUAAUAGCCCAUCAGUUGACAGCAAGAUUAGAUCAGUGGGAGGUGAAAAGGACUUGAGUCACUGGGUUCAUAAUCAUUGAUCGGAGCGAAAAUCACUGAAAUAAUAGAUGCUGCAGCACUUUUUCAUUAAAGCCCUAACUGGGUGGUUUUCCAUUGGAUCCAGGUAAUAUAUGGCCGUCGCCACGUGGGAAUCAUGUCCGCUGAACCUGUGGGGAACUAUGGUGUAAGAUUGCUCUUCGAUGAUUUACAUAAGACGGGGAUAUUUACAUGGGACUACUUAUACCACCUGGGGAGUAACAAGUUUACCAUGAUGAGAAACUACAUCAGAACUCUACGUAAGCAUGGAUUGAGCAGAGAUCCCCAAAGAAGAAAGUCACAGUAAAGUUUUCCAAAUCUAUAGACCUUUCGUUGAGUAAAGUUGCUCAGCAAUGUCAGACGUAGCCUGCCCUAAUAUGGUAUGGGUAUCAGUUAUGUCUUGUUUUGUAGUUCAUUUUUUUAAGUCCAAGGCUCUUGAGCAGUUAAUCAGUGUAAACAGCUCCAUGGAAGAAUCAUGAGGGGUCGCAACUUGUCUUAUAUAAACAGGAGAAUGUCUCUGGGAAGCUAAAGAAAAAGAGGAUACUAAAAUGUCUCUGAGAUUAUCAUGUUGAGCAUUUUUCCUCGUGUACUCUGCGCUUAUUGCUUGCUAUUCAUUCCCUGCAAUGCUUCCUAUUGACUACAAGCCGAUUCAGAUCAAGUGCAGACUAAACAUCAUUGAAACAGUGAGGACAGAUUCCUGGAGAGCCAGUGGUGCAAACCUACAUCUUUGAUAGUGGUUUUCAUGACAUUGUCUGUGCGCGUGGAUUGCUAAAUUAUCUUUCAAAGUCCUGGUUAUGUUGAUGAUAUUGUCACGUUUGAUUGGUGUGAGUUUGUGCUGAAAUGAUUUGUUUCUUCCAUUAGGGAGAAUGACAUUCAUUGUUGAUUUUCAGUUUUGUACAAAAAGCUUUCAACUUUCUUAACCAGGAAAUUUCUACUUCUAAUUGUCAAUACUCAAUGGCUGCCAGCUACAUGAUGAAUAAAAAUUGGGCUGGUGAUGACCAUUCGUUUAGCCAACAACUCCCAUUAAUAUAAUUGGAAGUUGUCCAUUUCAGUCGGAAUCUGUCCAAUUUCAAGCCGAGCCUUGCUUAUUUAAAUAUCUGGUUGAUUUUGGGUUCUUUUGUUUUUGAGCUUUAAGUUAUGGUAUAAUCAAUAAUGUAGUCUAGGAAGGAAAAAAAAAAUGCUACUCCAAAACAAAAGGUAAAAAAAAAAUGUAGGCAAUGUGAAAUGAAUGAAGUUUACUUUAAAUGGGGAUGUGUGUGUUUCAAAGUUUAGGCAGGCUGUACAAAGAGAAGAAGUCAAUUCACCAAAAUCACGCAUUACUGAACAUAUGAAUUUGUUAGCACUUAGCAGUAUUAAAUGCAGAAGCCGCCAUUGUAUGUGUCCAGUCCAGUGUGCCUAACCCUAGAGAACGAAUUAAUUUUAGUUAUGCUUCAAAGAUUUUAGCUCAUCAUAAAACAGGAAAUUAGUAUAAUUCGUCAACGACUAAACUAGAUAGAAACUUUACUGUAACUACUAAACUAAUAAAAAAGGUCAGAUUUUAGAUACAUACAGAAAGAUAAUCGCAUUAGUACGACCAACUCCGGUCUGCCCUACGUAAUUAACCCACAAAUUAUUAGCAUCAUCGUCGUCACCAUCUCCCUAGCUCCAUUGCCGCAAUAAUUUUUCUGUUUCUUUUUCUCUCACAAAAAAGAAAAAUGGAAUCUUGGUAGCCGUGUAAGAUAACGAGUUCAAUCGCAAGACCGUAAUAUAAUCACAUCACAUGCAUAGCCCUGCUACUCAUUAACAACUUCAAAAUAAGAGAGUCAAAGGAUCGGUUUUUCCCCAUAGAAAGAUAAAUAAAUAAAAUAAGCUCGAUCUUUACUUUACUGAAAGGUCCGCGCCCCUGAUUUGUGUAGUUCGGAGAUUAAUUGAUUUUUGUGAGGGAAAAAUAGUCAGACCCAUUUGGGGAAUGCGAUUCAGAUCUUUCUCGGAGGAGGAGUGGCAGCAGCUCGAGUGAUGUGGUGGUGGUGGUGGAGGAGUGUUGUAUUGGCGGUGACGGUGGCGGUGGCGAUCGUCGGUGGAAGUGGCCAGAGGAGUGGGGGACAUGAUCACCAUCGUCAGCAGGCGCCUUGGAGGAUUCACACGCUCUUCUCCGUUGAAUGCCAGAACUACUUCGAUUGGCAAACGGUUGGGCUUAUGCACAGCUUCAGGAAAGCCCGCCAGCCCGGCCCUAUUACCCGGCUGCUCAGCUGCACCGAUGAGCAGAAGAAGAGUUACAGAGGCAUGGACUUGGCUCCCACUCUUGAGGUCCCCUCCAUGAGCAGACACCCCAAGACUGGUGACUGGUAUCCUGCAAUCAACAAGCCAGCUGGAAUAGUCCACUGGCUUAAGCACAGUAAAGAUGCUGAAAAUGUCGAUUGGGUUGUGAUUUUAGAUGCAGACAUGAUCAUACGAGGUCCAAUAAUUCCCUGGGAACUUGGCGCUGAGAAGGGAAAGGCAGUUGCUGCAUAUUACGGGUAUUUAGUUGGUUGCGACAAUAUUCUUGCGAAAUUGCAUACCAAGCAUCCCGAACUUUGUGACAAAGUUGGUGGGCUUUUAGUCAUGCAUAUAGAUGAUCUCCGAGCUUUGGCCCCCAUGUGGUUGUCGAAAACUGAAGAAGUUAGAGAAGAUAGAGCUCAUUGGGGAACCAAUUAUACUGGAGAUAUAUAUGAAAAAGGAUGGAUCAGUGAAAUGUAUGGAUAUUCCUUUGGUGCUGCUGAGGUUGGUCUUCGACAUAAAAUAAACAAUAACUUGAUGAUCUAUCCGGGCUAUAUUCCACAAGAGGGUGUUGAGCCCAUUCUUAUGCACUAUGGAUUGCCUUUUAGUGUCGGGAAUUGGUCAUUCAGUAAAUUAGAGCACCACGAGGACAUCAUUGUGUAUGAUUGUGGACGGCUUUUUCCCGAACCUCCAUAUCCAAGAGAGGUAAAUCAAAUUGAAACAGCUCCGGAGAAGAGAAGGGCACUAUUCCUAAAUAUAGAAUGUAUAAACGUUCUCAAUGAAGGUCUUCUAUUGCAGCAUGCGGCUUAUGGCUGUCCAAAACCUGCAUGGUCAAAAUAUUUAAGCUUCCUAAGGAGCAAAGCAUUCGCUGAACUUACUAGACCAAAACUUUUGACUCCCAAAACUCUUCAGAUGAUGAACGAAGAACCGAAUGAUCAGGUGGUUGACAAGUCUCAUGUUCAGAUUGCUGAAAAGGCUAAUGUUCAGGUUGUUAAUGAGCCUCGUGUCCAAGUUGUUGACGAUCCCGCAAAGCCGCAUCCCAAAAUCCACACCAUCUUUUCCACCGAAUGUUCGUCCUACUUUGAUUGGCAGACUGUGGGUUUAGUCCAUAGUUUUCACCAGAGUGGCCAGCCUGGAAAUAUAACUCGCCUACUUAGCUGCACGGAUGAGGAUUUGAAGAAUUAUAAAGGGCACCAUUUGGCUCCUACUCAUUAUGUUCCAUCCAUGAGCAGGCAUCCAUUGACAGGAGAUUGGUACCCUGCAAUCAACAAACCUGCUGCAGUUCUUCAUUGGCUGAAUCACGUACGCACCGAUGCAGAAUAUAUUGUAAUCCUUGAUGCUGACAUGAUCAUGAGAGGACCAAUCACCCCGUGGGAGUUCAAAGCUGCGAAAGGCAGACCAGUUUCGACACCCUAUGGCUAUCUGAUUGGAUGUGAUAACGAGCUUGCAAAGCUCCACACUCGUCACCCUGAAGCUUGUGACAAGGUUGGAGGUGUGAUCAUAAUGCACAUAAAUGACCUUCGGAAAUUUGCUCUGUUGUGGCUUCACAAAACUGAGGAGGUUCGAGCCGACAGAUCUCACUGGUCCAGAAAUAUAACUGGGGAUGUUUAUGAAUCUGGAUGGAUAAGUGAAAUGUAUGGUUAUUCUUUUGGUGCAGCCGAGUUGAAUCUGAGGCAUAACAUAAACAAUGAGAUUUUGAUAUACCCAGGUUAUGUUCCGGUGCCUGGUGUUAACUACCGGAUAUUCCACUAUGGAUUGGAAUUUAGAGUUGGUAGUAACUGGAGCUUCGAUAAAGCAAAUUGGAUCCAUACUGACAUGGUGAAUAACUGCUGGGCUAAGUUUCCUGACCCACCUGAUCCAUCAACCCUCGACCAAUCUGACCCUGAUUCUCGGGCCCGUGAUUUGCUUAGUAUAGAAUGUGUAAGGAAACUGAAUGAAGCUCUACAACUGCACCAUGAGAGGAGCAGAUGCGGUGAUCCCAAGUUGUUGUCAACUCCGAAGCAGGAUACCGUUAAAAAGGAUCCUGAUAUUGAUACAGUAACUGCUACAGUAUCGAGGAAAAUUGGAAAGAUUGAGGAGAAACACAAUAUCCAUGAAUCAAGAGUUAUCAACAGAACAGCUGAGAAUGAGUCUCGGGAGUUGCUAUCACCUCCUGUAGGUGGAGCGAGCCAAACCUUCAGCUCCAUGAGGCUUUGGAUAAUAGCUUUGUGGGCAUUUUCAAUCCUGGGGUUUAUGAUUAUCAUGUCUGUGAUGCUUUCCGGGCGUAAAGGGCCUAAAAAACGAGGCAAGGGGGGAUUCAAGGCUAAAAGAAGAUCCUCACAUCCAGGAUUUUGGGAUAUUGAUGGGGGGCAUGAUAGGCACCUUCGAAAUGCUGACUUAUCAUGAAAGGAAAGAUCCUUCAGAGAUCGACCUAAACUGUGAUUGUUCCCUGCAUAUGCUCUGUUUCCCAAAACCAAGAAACAGCUGAAGUAUUAUGACAUGUGAUGUGAAUGCAGAAUGCAAUUUUGGCUUGUUAGAUAAGUGAUAUCUUAAGAUGAAGUGCCUAAUUAAGUGGAAGAAUCAGUAUAGGGAGCAUCAGGAUGGAGGAGGGGUUGGAAAAUGGGAAGAUGUAGCUCUGGAUCAUGCCGGAUUCUGAUGCGGCAGCUUAUCCUGAGUUCUUUUUUGGGGGGGUGGUAUAAUUGUGAGGUGGUAGUAGUCAUGUGUAGGUUUGGAGUUUAAUUUCUUUCCCUGAGUUCCAAAUGUAAUUUUCCAUGAACAAAUGAGCACAGGUGUUCUGAUAGUUGAUAAAUUGGUUGGUUAGUAUACAAUAGGAGAAAGAAAUAAAUACAGCUUCCAUACAGAAUUUUUAGUUGUAAUAAACACCCAUCAGAGACUUACAAGUGUAGAUUUGUGUCCAGACUUCGUCAUUCAUUCUUAAAGAGUUUUACAUCUCU